AAAAAAAUUAUUCUUUUUUCUUUGUAAAAAUUUAAUUAAAAAAAAUCAUUUGUUCUCAAAGAUUUCAAUGCUAGCGUUGAACAAUGAUCGAGUUGAUCUUGUUUGGAUUAAAUGGAAAUGAGGAGAAAGUCGAGGGAAAAUCAUGAAGUCCUACAUAUCAACAACAGGGAUAAAGAGGGUUACAGUAUCGAACUCCAUUGAAGGUGGAGGGAACAAAGGAGCCAAGGUGGCAGAACCCAGUGCCGCGGCUGCGCGUGGACGUCUAUCAAGCCGAACGCUGUUGCCGGUUGUCUUGGUAUUGGGGAUCGUUUUGCCUUUCCUUUUCGUUCGAAUUGCUUUCUUGGUUCUUGAAUCCGCCUCUUCAUCUUCUUGUUCUUCGCCGAUCGAAUGCAAAGGAUGGAGGCUUUUUAGCAGGGGUUACAUAUCUCAGAAACCCAGAGAAGAACUGACAAGGGCACUAAUGGAAUUGAAAGAUGGCAACAUUGUUGAGGGGGGAACAGAGGAUGCACUUGUAACAUUCAAUGAGCUUGUGAAGGAGAUGACGUUUAAGCAACAAGAUAUAAAGGACUUUGCUUUCAAGACUAAGACCAUGCUUUUAGAUAUGGAGCAGAAGGUCCAGUCAGCAAAGAAGCGCGAGUUAAUAUACUGGUAUUUAGCUUCAAGGGGUGUCCCAAAGAGCCUACAUUGCCUGUGUCUGAAAUUGGCAGAAGAGUAUGCUGUAAAUGCAAUGGCCCGCUCUCGUUUUCCUCCACCCGAACAUGUUUCUCUCCUUUCUGACACAUCCUUUCACCAUAUUGUGCUUCUAACAGACAAUGUCCUGGCAGCCUCAGUUGUGAUAUCCUCUACAGUUGAGAAAGCAGCAAAUCCUGAAAAAUUGGUGUUUCACAUAGUAACAGACAAGAAAACUUACAGCUCAAUGCAUGCCUGGUUCGCAAUAAAUUCGUUGAAAUUAGCCGUAGUGGAAGUUAAGGGAUUACAUCAAUAUGACUGGUCUCAGGAGGUGAAUGUUGGAGUUAAGCAGAUGUUGGAAAUACAUCACUUGAUUUGUAGUCAUCACUACAAUAAUCUGAAAGAAGAAAACUUUGAAUAUUGGGAAGAGCAUCAAAAUUUUUUUGAGGCUUUAAGCCCUAGCUGCGUGUCCCUUAUGAAUCAUCUCCGCAUUUAUAUCCCUGAACUGUUUCCGGAUCUCAACAAGAUAGUAUUCUUGGAUGAUGAUGUUGUAGUACAACAUGACAUUUCAUCUUUGUGGAGGUUGGAUCUCAAUGGGAAAGUCGUUGGCGCCGUUGUUGACUCAUGGUGUGGGGACAACUGCUGUCCAGGAAGAAAAUACAAGGACUACUUGAAUUUUUCUCACCCGACAAUUUCAUCCAACCUCGACCAAGAUCGUUGUGCAUGGCUUUCUGGUAUGAACGUCUUCGAUCUUGAAGCUUGGAGGAGGACCAACAUCACAUCAUCUUAUCAUAAAUGGUUGAAACUUAGUCUCAAUUCAGGGUUCACUCUGUGGCAACCGGGAGUGCUUCCACCAAGCUUACUUGCCUUCGAGGGAUACGUGCAUCCUAUUGAUCCUUUAUGGCAAGUGGCUGGUUUAGGGUAUCGUUCCUCUUCGGCUCAGGGACAGAUAUUGGAGGCUGCUGCUGUGUUGCAUUUCACUGGCCCUGCCAAGCCAUGGCUCGAGACUGGCUCUCCAGAAGUACGAAGCCUUUGGAGCAGACAUGUAAAUUUCUCGAACAGCUUUAUUCGGAAAUGUGAGGUUUUGCGUUAAGGUCAGAGCAGGAAGUUAUCUGACUUUUACACAUCUCAGAUUGAGGACAGAGGGAAGAAGGUUUUGCCUUCAGUCU